AUGAAGCUUCAAUUUCUAAUCUUCGCUUGCAUAAUUUUCAAAUUCUCAACAGCAAUUCUUCAAAAUGUAACAGUGAGAGGAGUCACAUUUUGUAACAAAAAACCGGUGGCGAAGGUAGACGUUCGGUUGGUUGAAAAAGAUAUAGGUGAGUUUGGUUGUUCAAGCGCGAAGAGCGCAAGCUUCCGCGUAGUGGCCACGUGGAUUAGACAUGUUUCGCCACGUCAACAGCAAGCCACGUGGCUAUUUUUUUGAAAAAUGAAAAAUUCAGUCGGUCAAUAUGACACACUCAACCGCGUGAGAACAAAUGAAAUGGGAGAAUUCGAAGUUUUCGGAGAGAAAAACGAAUAUUUCUCAAUUACACCAAUUCUUCAGAUUAUUCAUAGGUGCAACACUGAAAUUGUUAGUUAACAAAAACUAAAAUAGAGAAAAAUAACAAGUAUUUUACAGAACUGUUUGCGAACUUCCACAUACGUGAUUCCAGAAAAGUUUGUCGGCUCAGUUUACGAUAUGAAUUUGAUCGCUUUGGAUCUUUAUGAUAAUGAUGAAACAUAUUGUCACAACCUUUUAUCUCCAUGGGCUCAAUGA